UAAACCGCGUGAAAGGGGCUAUAACGGGGUCAAGGUUACACCUAAAAAAAAAUUCUGCCAAAAUCAGCUGAUAUCGAUUGACGUCCGUUUACCCUUGAAAAAUGAAGAAAUAAAUAAGAAAUCUUAGACGUAUUUUUCAGUCAAGAGAAGCCCUAAUAACAACUAACACCCUACAUGUCACGAUGCUCUCUCUAAAAUAUAUUAUAGCGGUGUACUCUUGGCUGUUCCCUUGCCUAAUUUCACCUGUCCUCUCCAUUUCCAAACACCCGAUUUUAAUUGUGGUGUCCUAUGAUGCUUUCAGGUAUAACUUCUUUGAAACUGAACAACUACCCUAUAUGGAACUAAUAAGGCAUAAAGGGACGUACGCCGAUUACCUUACCAAUGUCUUUCCGACAAAAACAUUCCCGAAUCAUCACUCAAUAGCCACAGGUUUAUAUGCUGAAACCCAUGGGGUGAUUGGGAAUAGCUUUUAUGACCCCCAACUAAAGCAAAUUGUCAGGAUGGGCUAUGAUAUGUACCAUUACAAUGAGAAGAUUGUGCCCAUAUGGAGGUUGAAUGAAGAUAGAGGAGAUGAAAGGUAUUCGGCUAGUGUUAUGUGGCCUGGAGCAAUUUUUCCAUAUCAAGGCAAAAAUAUCACAUGGGCUUUACCAUUUGAAAUGGGAUAUGACUGGCAUAAAAGAGUUGAUCAUGCAAUUGAAUGGAUUACAGACCCAAAGAAACCUGCCAACCUGGUCAUGUUAUACUUUGAAGAACCAGACACCCAUGGGCAUGCCUUUGGGCCUAACUCAGAAAUUGUCAAAGAUUUAAUUCAUAAAUUGGACAAUAUUACUGGCUAUUUACAUGAACAACUAAAGGUGCAUAAGCUCACUGACCAUGUAAAUGUGAUACAUGUGAGUGAUCACGGUAUGACCACAGUAACUCCUCCACAUUUUAUAAAUAUAACUAAGUUUUUGACUAAUGGGACAUAUGACUGGGCAGGAGCGAGCCCUGCUAUUCAAAUUAUACCUCAUGAAGGACAUCACAAUAAAAUUUAUGAAUCAUUAAAGGCAGCAUCGAAAAUUAAUAAACAUUUUCAAGUGUUUAACAAGUCAGAUUUCCCUGAAAGAUGGCACUAUAAAGGGAAUAGGAGGGCUCCCCCUAUAUUGGUCAUGGCUGAUGUGGGAUAUGCUUUAGAUGAUUUGAUCAUUGCUGCUCCACAAUAUGCUAAGAAGUAUAAUUUCACUUUAACAAACUCUUCAGAAUUCGGGGUCCACGGCUACGAUUACACCGUAAAAGAAAUGCACCCUUACUUCAUGGCGGUGGGGCCAAAAAUCAGAAAAUCUACAAAAGUGGACCCGUUCGAUACCGUCGACUUAUUUAAUAUAUUUUGUGCAAUUUUGGACCUUAAUCCCACCCCGAAUAACGGCUCCACAAACCCAACCGAGCAGAUCGUAUAUGCAACCGCUGACGUCGUCCUCACCAAUUUUCUGAUAUUGAUAAGCGGGGUUCUGGUAGUUUUAGUCUUGAUAAGUUUAUCGAUGACUUCGACUCUGGUCGCCAUAAGACGGCAACAAAGAGCCGCGACCAAUGCGGCACUAAAUAAACGUUUACGGCAAAGUUUUCCGAACUACAUUGAGGCACAGCAUUUGCUGGAGCCCGAGGAGGCCUAAGUGAACACAAAUUUUAUAGGGAAAAUAUGCGUGUAUGUGGGUGGGAUAAUGGGGUAUAAAAGCAACUAAACUGAUCGAUAUUUUGAAAGCUUUUGAUGAAAAAAAUGGUAUAAUUCUUAUCAACGCUCUUCUAACCAACGUUUCGGCACUACUUUGUGCCGUCUUCAGGUAAGUAACCCAACAAUCAAUUGAAUCUUUAAGUAAACAUUUUGUGCAGGAUGCGCUUUUUGUUAGAGCCCGAUAGAAGAAUCUACAGAGUAUUCAAAAAAAUGUAAAUACGAAAGUUUCUUGACUUCAACAUGGUUCUUAAUUUUUAUUAAUACAGGGUAUACGAAAAAUACUUUACCGUCAAUGCCAAAAUUUUAAUUGGAAUUUAAGUCGGGUCUCAAAUAUGGCUUAUUGAAAAUACAGAAAAAUGUCCAAUGGUCUGACGCACCCGGUAUACAUUUAACCCUUUGAAGCCUAAUGGGUCAUAUGUAUCCCAAUGCUAAAAGGGUUGUAGUAUAUAAUCUAAAGAUAAUCAAAGUUUCUGAUAAGCAAAAUCAAUAUUUAUUCUACAUAUAGAAAGGUAUUUCAAAAGAAGUAAUAUAAAAGUCUCUAGGUGUGGUAUAAUGCAAAAGAUUGUUGGCAUAAAGAUAUGGAACAAAUAGUUCUUGUGCUUUUUUGAAUCUUGCAUUCAGCACAUCUGUUACGUCUUUGUCUAGUUUCAGUUUGAUUCGGUAAUAGUGAUCACCUACAUUUAUUAGGGUGGGAGAAGACAUUGACGAACGACCAUAUGACGUUGUACGAAUCACUUUAUCCUCCGGUCUUCCAACAGCAAUGACUUUCUGAAACAUUAACCAAAAAUGACAAAGGAAGCUUGUGGAGGUGGUGUGUCUCUUUAUAAAUGAUUCAGGAAUUUACUGCGAUUGUAAGAAGGAUUUUGCAAAAUACCUUCUUCCAUCGCUUUUUUUUCUAUUAAUAUCAUAUAAGCCAGUCAACUGAUCUGACAAACAUACUCCGCCCAUAUUGAGGUUAUAAAAGUUUAUACAUUCGGGGCAAUUGAUCUUUACUUCAGUGACAUCUCUGCUUGUACGAUCACCUUUGAUGAUUGUGUUUUGAUUACAGUUAGUCAUAACAAGUACCUUUUUUGUAUAGAUUUUAUUUAAUAAAUGUCAAAAACAAUUUUUAUUAAAUACAAUAUAAUUUAUAUUUUACAAGUAGCAAUUGACUAAAGAGCUCCUGUUUCACAUCCUAUAUUUAUAAGAGUAUAAAUGUUGCAUAAGCUCAUGACAAUUAUUUCUUCUUGAACCAAACAUAUUAAGCAUAAAGAAUAUAAUUUAUCCAUUCAAAAAUAAGCUAGCAUGCCUUGAAUCUGCCAAAAAUAUAAUUUGCUAAUUAAUAAUUUGAAACAAUCCCAUUACAAGUUGUAUUGCUUAGUUUUUUUGAUGAUCAGAAGUGAGAAAUUAAUGAAUGCCUAUUGUAAGGCAUCAUAACUACGAUUCCAUUACUGUUUCGUGGAAAUCCGUUUGUUCUUGCUUUUUCUUAGUUUUCUGAUACAAUAUGAAAAUUCUUGCGAUGGUUGAUUGAGCAAUAAAACUGAAAAGACUUUUUGGCUAUAAUUUAUAAAAAACCAUAGAAGAACUUUGAUUCAAGUCAAGAAGUAUUAGGCAAGGUCUGUUUUCAGACCACGCUUCGAACCAAACCCAACCUUUCUUGCUAUCAAUUCGACGAUCUUAAUCACCACUCAUAUUUUUAGACUCCACUUUUAAAUCACUCAAGAAAUCGGUGUCAAGAUCUUCCUUUGACAUAGUUGGCUUUGGUCUGAUGGGGCGCAUUUUUUUGCUUGUUCUUUUGUAGUAGUUCUAGACAUGUGCCUCUAAAUCAAUAUCACUGCUAUAGAGGCACAUGUAUCUAGUUGAUAGUCAGAUCCAAUGUCUGCAAAAAGGUCUUCAAGGUCAGCUAAACAGUAUGCAAGAUCUUCCAUCUCGGUUAUAGUCAGUGGUUUUCUGUAACAAUCUGAGAACGAAUGGGUCCACCGAUAAGACGUUUUGGACAAAUAUGCCCCAGUUGCCAUUUAUCCUUCCCAAAAUACAUCAAAUAUUAACAAAACUUGACAACUAACGUACCUUGACAUCUUUAAUAUAUUUAUUAACAUCACAAACAAUUUGCGCCUUAUUGAUACAAAAUUCGAAUAGAGCGAUCGUAUAAAGCACUUAUUUCUCUAUCAAGGAUUUUCAAAAUAGAAAAUAUACAAGCCGUCCCAUUUCAAAUUUUAGAAUUGAGGUCUGUGCUUUCCAUUAAACCUCGUAUUAAUAAAACUGCAAUAAUUAAAAAAUAUGUUCAACACCCAGAAUCUCUUGCAGGUAAGUUUUUGUCGAACACUCUGUAGAUUUGGAGAAAAGUUAUAGGCCUCUAAUAAAAUGCUCAACCAAAUUUAACAAUUUUUUGGAUUAAAAUGAAUUAUUUGCUUUUAUAUCCCAUUUAAGUAUUCAAAGCCAGUGCUUAAGCGCCCAAUAUUAUUGAAUGCUCAAAACUAUAAUUUAUUUUUGUUAUAUAUUGUUAUAAAAUUUGUUGAAACUAAUUCGUCCAUUCCUAAGCCCUUAUUUUUGAGGUUUCCAUCAAAUUUAAGCUGGAUCCUUUAAAAUUGUUAAAUUAUACUACAGGGUUAUUCUAUUAUAAAGGCUGUAUAAUAUGUUCCGCUUAAUUUCUGAAGUUAUAUUGGAAAUAUAUAAACAAUUAUAUGGUAAGCGAUUUGCAGGCCGACAUAUUUUUUAACGGAUAUGCAAAGUUGGGACAAUAAAUCGAGUCAAAUUCAAUCCGGUUCAAUCAAAAUAUAUAGUACUGUAGUCAAAAAAGAGUUUUUCUAGUCAUUUUAGGAAUAUAUAUGUGUAAAAUAGUAAUUUUGCACGGAAAUUCGGUUUAACUUGCAAAAGAAAUUUUUUUUUAAUACUAUUAGGUUGAAGUUUGUUGCACAUUUAGAUGUUAUAAGGUGUAAAUUUGUUUUAAAUAUUAGGUUUGAGAUAAUUUUAGAUUUACAUAUUUUAAUACAAGGGAACUCGAUUGAUUGUAAGAAAACUACCACUAGAUAAAUUUUGGAGACACUUAAAAUAUUCCUAUUGUUUUCAAAUUUUAAAAAAAAACUUUUUUUUAUAUUUUCUCUAUUUUUUGUCAGAAAUUUUAAGUUUGUCUAAUAUGUAUGACGACCGAAUUAAAGGACAUAUAUUACUUAUAUGUACAUUGUAAAUCCCAUUUAAUUUUUUUUCCACUUUUGGUACACUAAAAUGCGCAGUUUAAACGAAAUUUAGAGAAAAAAAAGUUAAGAAAGUUACAGGGACGAUGCUGACGUCUAAUUCCGGCAUAACUGGAGAUGCCAAAACUGUCAAUAUAUGUUUCCCAGUAAGCUUGCCAUGAUGCCAAAUUUUCCUAGUCAUAGUUUCCCUAUAUACUAGAUCAAUAGAGUUCUCAGAAAAUUUUAUAGUUGAUGACGUAAAUUGUUACUAAUAUGUAUAUAAAAUUGUUUUUAGCAACUUUUUGAAACAAUAGUUUAGAAAGCAAUAGUUGCUUGGUGUUAUUGCGUACAAAAAUUUGUAUUUAUUAUAAAAACUUUCUUUUCUGUUCGUUUCUAUGGUUUCAAGUGUAAAUUAUAAAUUUGGCUUAGACAAACACACAAAAAGGGACCCUUCUGACACUUUUAUUCUAAAUUAAGGUUACUCAUGUUUAAGCAUUUCGGCUAUUGUAAUAGCCAUCAUCAGAUACAUAACAAUAGAAAACACAUCACAAAGGUAAUAUGUUAUAUAGUUCUGUAUCUAAUUAUGGCUAUAUAACAAUAGCCGAAAUGCAUAAUACAUUAGUUUAAAGAUGUUUUGCUUUUUAUUGUGGGGAGAACGACAACCUUGCGUAACCUUUAUAGUUCCACUCCUCUGCUAAGUAUGGACUUCUACACAACAAUUUAUUUAUUGCUGUGUCUCUCUAAUUUAAGUUUAAUAUUACUCAAUAUAAGUACAGAAAACCCUAGAAAAGUGAUGUGAGUUGGCCAAAAAUAAACGCAAUGAUUAAAAUUAGAUACAAAAUGGAUAUAAUAGGUUUAUUAUACAUAUUACAUACUAUAUGAUAAAAUUUAUUCUCAAAAAUAAAUGUGACUCAAUAAAGCUAUAUUAAUUAGA